UAGUUUCAAGUUCCUGAUAUUUAGUUUUAGUUUGUUCUUUCAAUAAAUAGCCAUUCUGUGAAAUUUCCUCUUGAUUACCGGAGUGUCUUCCUGAGUGGAUGUGUUCAUCCAGAGUUGUUCUGUCUUCAUUGUAGAACGGGGUGAUCAUUUAUUUCAUGACCUCGCAGUACUACGUUCCCAUGUCCUCUGCCAUGCUGCUAUCUUUGGCUAAUAACCAAACCACUUUCUUCUCUGAAUAGUAUCUUUUCCAGAUUUUUCUUUGACCCACGUCUUUUUUUUUUACCUGUUUUCAACUAUGUUAAAUUUUGUUUCUCUAAUUAGUGGGACAAUACAUUGUUUCGUGACCAUCAUCCUUCUGCUUUCUUGCUAUAGAAUGACUCACAUUUACGUCGUCCUCCUUCGUUUCUGCCCUUCGUUUUUGUGUACCAAACAACCUCGCACAUAGAAAGAAAAAAGGUGCUCCCAUGUUGUACUUCCAAACUGGUUCCCGGUAAUUUGAGAUUUCAAUGUCUGUAACUUAGCUGUCUGUUGUCGCCAGAUAAACAGGGGUGUUGUGGGGGGCUUCAUUUUAGCGAUGUUCUGACUCUGGACCUUAACAAUAUGACAUGGAGAAAACUGGCAACAACCGGGGAAGGGCCUGGUCCUCGAGAUAGCCAUAGCGCUGUUCUUGAAGGCCAUAAAAUGAUAGUGUUUGGUGGUACGAAUGGCUUCAAGAAGGUUAAUGAUAUUCAUAUCCUAGAUCUGAUCACCCUAGAGUGGGUUCGUCCUGAAUGCAAAGGAAGCCCUCCUUCUCCACGUGAAAGCCACACUGCCACUCUGUUUGGUGAAGAAAGAUUAGUGAUCUUUGGUGGUAGUGGAGAAGGUGAUUCAAACUACUUGAACGAUUUGCAUAUUCUGGAUCUCCGAACCAUGAGAUGGACUUCUCCAGAGGUGAAAGGUGAUUUGCCUGUCCCUAGGGACAGUCACACUACUCUGGCUAUUGGGAACAAGCUUUUUGUUUAUGGAGGAGACUCUGGUGAUCAGUAUCAUGGUAACGUCAAUAUGCUGGAUCUGGAUACAAUGACUUGGUCAAAGUUGACUGUUCAAGGGCCUUCCCCUGGCGUAAGAGCAGGACAUGCUGCUGUUAACAUUGGAACCAAGGUGUAUAUUAUCGGAGGGGUCGGAGAUAAACGUUACUAUAAUGAUGUUUGGGUGUUUGAUAUCUACACUUGUUCUUGGACUCAGCUUGAAAUACGAGGUCAGCAACCCCAAGGGCGGUUUUCACACACAGCAGUUGCUGCUGACAUGGACAUUGUCAUAUAUGGAGGGUGCGGGGAAGAUGAACGUCCUCUGGAUGAAUUGUUAGUGUUGCAGCUGGGAGCAGAGCACCCAAACGGACGUUACAACGUAUCCAUGGGCAAAGUCUUUGGAAGCUGUUGGAAGAAGACCUGCUCAAGCGGAGCGGACAGCAACCUGAAGGCAGUGCUCAUGGGGAAUAAUGCGGACACUGUAGGAACUUACGAAUUCACAGCAGGAAAAAAGCAGCCUUUCCAUUUGGAAUCCGAUGCUUCCCAACAGAAGAAGAGGAGAAUUGCUGCUUCAAAGGUGUGGGAUGUUGAUUUAGAACAGGAAGAGCAUUCUCUUUCCUUGUCCCAGCAUUCUUCUCCGACCCAAUCCGAUCGAGAACACAACACCGCACAAAAACCUAAUGCUUCCACCACGGACUCUCAGCGAUUUCUCAUGUUCAAACCGUUAAACCAAAUACCAACCAGUUCUCAACAUGACAACCCUUCCAUCAACCCAAAAGUACUAAAGAAUUCCAACCAGAGGAAUCCCCAGGGCUUUCAUUAUCUAAAACAAUAUCACCAUGUUUAUGAUGCAGAGCACUCGCCCAUGGUUCGAGGGCCCAUCCAACACCUGAUCGGUGCUGAAGUCCGAGGAAGAGUUGAUGGGGCCUUUGACUCGGGUUUGCUGAUGACCGCGACGGUGAACGGAAAAAUUUUCAGAGGAGUGCUGUUCGCACCCGGGACGGGAACAGUGUCGAGAAGGCCCAGUAUGGAACCGAGCAGUUGGAUGCAUGGUGCGUGUGCGACGAACUCGAAUCAUAAGGGCGAGAAUACGAGAGGAUGCCAGCAGGUAAGUGGUUGUUCGAGGACAGAGUCGUGUCAGGUGACUCAACCAUUCCCAAUGAUGAGAGCGAAAGGCGCUGCGUCGUUUUCCAAAGAAGAGAAGAUGAGGAGCGAUCUUAAUGGGUUGGCUCUGACACUAGGAGGAGCUGCUAGCGGCCACCACCGUGGUGGAUCCUGAGCCUUCCCCAUUAAUUAUUACUGGUAGUACAUACUGAGCUAGGAGCGCAAUAAGGUUAUGAACAAAUAAUGGCUUUUCCAAACAACACCUGGCGUGGCUUCUAUGAAUUUCAAGUUUUUGUAUUAGUUAAUUAUUCCUUGAAUGAAUCCAUGGUGCUAUCUUUGAGGGUACAAAUAUGCUUUCGUCAAACUGAAACGGGCUGGCUUACUCUCCAAUAAUAAUAAUUGAAUGCCUAUGGACGUUAUAUUACCCCUCCCGUGGAAACUAAAAUAGAUAGAUAUGAGGGUUACGAGUUUCAGCGGGAGGCUGACGUGGGUGGAAGGAGAGCAAUAAAAGUGGGAGAGGUACGGCGGCAGUGUGAUUAAAGUAAAACGGAAUAUGUGGCUCUCAAACCUUGUAUAGAAAAUCAGAUCCGUUGGAUCAAUCUGAAAAUCAAUGAACCGGUCUCUUCACUGAUCUGGUUUUUUUAUCUUA